CUCCAGAGGCAGCUCUCCCGAAGUGGGGGAGGGUUCUCGGCCGGGCCCUCCUGGCCGAGGCUGAGCGCCCUGGCCGCCGGGAGCCCCGGACCCCCGAGGGCGCGGCGGGUCCCGGCCCAGCGGGUGUUGUGCGUCCGGUCGGGCUCUGGCGGCUCUCGCAAAUCUGCACGCGGCUUGGGCUGCGCCAGGGCCUCGCGGGGCUCGGCCCGGAGCGGGGGCCGCGGGGGGGUCCCCCGCGCCGCAUGUUUUCCACAGCGCGUUAUGUUUGGAGCGGGCCCCGCGCCGCCUGUCGCCAUGGAAACAAAACAGGGGCGGCGGCGGCCGGGGCCGGGUCGGGCGGGGGCCGGGGGGGGGGGAGGGGUGGGGCUCGCGCGCCGUUGCCGUGGUAACGGGAACCGAGGCGCCCCUGCGCUUCAUCCGGGUCACGGCCUGCCGGCCAGUACCCGCUGUGUUCCGGGUCUGGCCGCGGCCCCUGGCCUGUCCCCUGCUUUACUCCUGUCCCCGGAGGCCCUUUCCUCCUUCCUGAUUCCUCCCUCCGAGCACUUCGCUGACCACUGUGUUAGACGCGCCCUCCGCUUCCCAUCGGACGCUUCUAAGUUUUCCUAGGAGCGAGUCACGUGUCAGGGGACCCCCCCCCCCCCCCUAAUGAGGGGCACUCGCUUCGUCAGAGCAGCAAAGUUCAUGCCAUGCGGGCAUCCCCUGGGCACGAUAGCAAGCUACUUUCCGCCACUCCCUUGGCACCCUUUCAUGCCAGCUGGGGAAUAAUGCCCACUGUCUGGCGCUGCCCCUGCCAGGGGCUCCUGCCUUCCCCAACUGCGACUUACAGGAAACGGUAGCAUUCGGUAGUGGCCCCCAGCAGCGAGACGCCAGGAGGGAGGGAGGGAGGGAGGGAGGCACCUGGGACAGAGAACCGUUAGGGAGAGGCAGGAGGCAGGGAGGCCUCCAGACUCUUCCCCAGUGCUCCUGGUUCCCAGAGCUGGGGAUGCCUCCAGGCUGAUUGGCAGCUCUUUGUUUCAGCCCCCCCUCACUCGCCUGCUGGCCCCCCCCCUUCAACUCCCCCUUCCAGUCCCUCCGCCCCCCGCUCCUGCUCUCUCCGCCUAGCCUUUUCCCCUCCCAGCCGCCUGCCUGCCAGGGGUAGUGAGCCAGCUGAGCGGCAUGGAGACGCAGGAACUUCGGGGGGCCCUGGCUCUUCUCCUCCUCUGCACUUUCGCAUGUGCCAGUCAGGACCUGCAGGUGAUUGACCUGCUGACUGUGGGCGAGUCUCGGCAGAUGACCGCUGUGGCAGAGAAGAUCCGGACCGCCCUGCUCACUGCUGGGGACAUCUACCUCUUGUCCACCUUCCGCCUGCCCCCCAAACAGGGUGGUGUCCUCUUUGGCCUCUACUCUCGGCAGGACAACACACGAUGGCUGGAGGCCUCUGUUGUGGGCAAAAUCAACAAAGUGCUGGUGCGGUACCAGCGGGAGGACGGCAAGGUCCACGCGGUGAACCUGCAGCAGGCGGGCCUGGCCGACGGGCGCACGCACACGGCUCUCCUGCGACUCCGAGGUCCCUCCCGACCCAGCCUCGCCCUGCAGCUCUACGUGGACUGCAAACUGGGUGACCAGCACGCCGGGCUCCCAGGGCUGGCCCCCAUUCCUCCAGCGGAGGUGGAUGGGCUGGAGAUUAGGACCGGACAGAAGGCUUAUUUGAGGAUGCAGGGCUUUGUGGAGUCUAUGAAAAUGAUUCUGGGCGGGUCCAUGGCCCGGGUGGGAGCCCUGAGUGAGUGUCCGUUCCAGGGGGACGAGUCCAUCCACAGAGCAGUGACCAACGCGCUCCAUUCCAUCCUAGGGGAGCAGACCAAGGCGCUGGUCACCCAGCUCACCCUCUUCAACCAGAUCCUGGUGGAGCUGCGGGAUGACAUCCGAGACCAGGUGAAGGAAAUGUCCCUGAUCCGAAACACCAUCAUGGAGUGUCAGGUGUGCGGCUUCCACGAGCAGCGUUCGCACUGCAGCCCCAACCCCUGCUUCCGCGGCGUGGACUGCAUGGAGGUGUACGAGUACCCCGGCUACCGCUGCGGGCCCUGCCCCCCCGGCCUGCAGGGAAAUGGCACCCACUGCAGCGACAUCAAUGAGUGUGCCCACGCGGACCCUUGUUUUCCUGGCGUCAGCUGCAUCAACACCAUGCCCGGCUUCCGCUGUGAGGCCUGUCCCCAGGGCUACAAAGGCACGCGGGUGUCCGGUGUGGGUAUCGACUACGCCCGUGCCAGCAAACAGGUCUGCCAGGACAUCGACGAAUGCAGUGACGGUAACAACGGUGGCUGCGACCCCAACUCCAUCUGCACCAACACUGUGGGUUCCUUCAAGUGUGGUCCCUGUCGCCUGGGCUUCGUGGGCAACCAGAGCCAGGGCUGCGUCCCCGCCCGCACCUGCCACAGCCCAGCCCACAGCCCCUGCCACGUCCACGCGCACUGUCUCUUUGAACGCAACGGGGCCGUGUCCUGCUCGUGUAACGUGGGCUGGGCCGGGAACGGGAACGUGUGUGGGACCGACACGGACAUCGACGGCUACCCGGACCAGGCCCUGCCCUGCAUGGACAACAACAAACAUUGCAAGCAGGACAAUUGCCUUUUGACCCCCAACUCUGGCCAAGAAGAUGCUGAUAACGAUGGCGUGGGGGACCAGUGCGACGAUGAUGCCGAUGGCGAUGGGAUCAAGAAUGUCGAGGACAACUGCCGGCUCUUCCCCAACAAGGACCAGCAAAACUCAGACACAGAUUCAUUCGGGGAUGCCUGUGACAACUGCCCCAACGUUCCCAACAAUGACCAGAAGGACACGGAUGGCAAUGGGGAAGGGGAUGCCUGUGACAACGACGUGGACGGGGACGGUAUCCCCAACGGACUGGACAAUUGCCCUAAAGUCCCCAACCCCCUGCAGACAGACAGGGAUGAGGACGGGGUGGGAGAUGCGUGUGACAGCUGCCCUGAAAUGAGCAAUCCCACUCAGACAGACGCAGACAGCGACCUGGUGGGGGAUGUCUGUGACACCAACGAGGACAGCGACGGGGAUGGACAUCAGGACACCAAGGACAACUGCCCACAGCUGCCAAACAGCUCCCAGCUGGACUCCGACAACGACGGCCUUGGAGAUGAGUGUGACGGGGACGAUGACAACGACGGGAUCCCAGAUUAUGUGCCUCCCGGUCCCGACAACUGUCGCCUGGUUCCCAAUCCCAAUCAGAAGGACUCAGAUGGCAAUGGCGUUGGUGACGUGUGUGAGGAUGACUUUGACAAUGAUGCGGUGGUUGACCCCCUGGACGUGUGUCCCGAAAGUGCGGAGGUGACCCUCACGGAUUUUCGGGCCUAUCAGACGGUUGUCCUGGAUCCUGAGGGUGAUGCCCAGAUUGACCCAAACUGGGUGGUGCUCAACCAGGGCAUGGAAAUCGUUCAGACCAUGAACAGUGACCCCGGCCUGGCCGUUGGAUACACAGCCUUCAACGGUGUGGACUUCGAAGGCACCUUCCACGUCAACACGGUCACAGAUGACGACUACGCAGGCUUCCUCUUCAGCUAUCAGGACAGCGGCCGCUUCUACGUGGUCAUGUGGAAGCAGACGGAGCAGACGUAUUGGCAGGCCACCCCUUUCCGGGCGGUGGCUCAGCCCGGGCUGCAGCUCAAGGCAGUGACAUCCGCGUCUGGCCCAGGUGAACAUCUCCGGAACGCCCUGUGGCAUACUGGCCACACCCCUGAUCAGGUGCGACUGCUGUGGACUGACCCCCGGAACGUGGGCUGGCGGGACAAGACCUCCUACCGCUGGCAGCUACUGCACCGGCCUCAAGUCGGCUACAUUCGGGUGAAGCUCUAUGAGGGCCCUCAGCUGGUGGCAGACUCCGGGGUGAUCAUCGACACGGCCAUGCGAGGGGGGCGCCUUGGCGUAUUCUGCUUCUCCCAAGAGAACAUCAUUUGGUCCAAUCUCCAGUAUCGAUGCAAUGACACCGUGCCCGAGGACUUCGAGCCAUUCCGGAGGCAGCUGCUCCAGGGAAGAGCGUGAAGAGGCGGCCGCCGGAUUCAGAAUCCUGGUCUUUGCCCCUCUGGCCUUGGGGUCCGUCCUGGAGACCCUCGGGUCUAAUCUGCAGCCGCUCAGCCAAACACAGACCCUCCUCCGGCACCCACGGGAGUUCAGUCCCAGAGGGGUGGUGACCCCACUGUUCAGGAGAUGGGAAGUUUUCAGGGGGUAUUUCUCAGGCACUAACCCCAGGAAAGAGAACACAUUGCCAUAAAGUUCCAGUGGUUUUCCACA